AAGACCUUUCGGGGAUAAGUCCGGUUUGGAUGGAACAUGACGCCUUGUGGGAUCGACCUGAGCCUGUCUACGUAUUGGACAAUGUCCGGAGGCUCCGAUCAUGAGCAUUGCGUAUUUAUACCCAGCUUUAUCCCACAUCAUUAAACAGUGCUCUCUCAUCCGCAACUUUCACAAUCAUCGCAAACUACACCAAAGCUUACAUUCAAGUCUACGAACUAGCAAACUGAUCUUAACAUCGCCUCAUUUGCUCCAGCCUGGUUCAUUAAACUCCUCUUGUCUCACUAUUUAUUACCUCACUUGCCCCCCUACAUACAUCUCCCAACAUGUCUCCAGCUCGCCGAGCCCUGAUCAGCGUCACCUCCGCUUCAGCCACUCUCUUCCAAGGCAAGGAAACGACCGGCCUUUUCAUUAGCGAAGCCCUCCAUCCUUUCAAGGUCCUCACCGCCGCUGGCUUUGUGGUCGACUUCGCCUCUGAGUCUGGCUCUUACACUCCCGACUGGCUCUCCCAGCAGCCUGAUUUCCUCAACGGGGAGGAUUUGGAAAUGUGGAAUGACAAAAGCAGUGACUUCCGCCAGAAGCUUGACAAUAUGCCUAGAGCUUCCGAGCUCGAUGGCUCCAAGUAUGGUGUUUUCUACGCCUCUGCUGGUCACGCUGCCCUCAUCGACUAUCCUACUGCAAGCAACCUGCAGAGAAUUGCAUCCGAGAUCUGGGCAAACGGCGGCAUUGUCGCUUCUGUUUGUCACGGGCCCGCAAUCUUUUCCAAUGUCCUCGACCUCGCAACCAACGAGCCUCUUAUCAAGGGCAAGAAGAUAACUGGUUUCACAACCGAGGCCGAGAACACGAUGGGUAUCAUGGCUGAGCUCCGGAGCUGGGGUCAGGAUAUGGUCGAGGAGCUCGCCGAGAAGCUUGGAGCGGAGUACAAGCGCUCGCCGGGUAUCUGGGAUGACUUUCACGUUAUUGAUGGCCGUCUUGUCACCGGCCAAAAUCCCGCUAGCGCAGCUUCCACUGCUAGAGCAGUUGUCGAUGUCUUCAACACUCUCUAAGACAACCUCAAACAGGCUUAAGAGACUCCAGCUCCUGCCUCAUUGGAUAACUUGGUGUUUAAAUUGUGGAGGCAGCCUGUCCAUUGAGCAAAAUAGAACCGACAAGCUCUGUGAGCUCAUGUUUCACUAUUUAUAAGCUAGCCUUAUAGUAUAACCUUCUAUGUCUGUGU